AUGAGUAUAGAAGGAUUGAAACAAAUUAAAUUACUUUUAAUUGGAGAAACAGGUGAUGGUAAAAGUUCAUUAGGUAAUUUUAUUCUUAAAAAGGAUGUUUUUAAAGUAAGUGAUAGUGAUGAAUCGAGUACAAAAUACGCUGGUGGAUAUUUUGGAGAAGGAGAUAGAAGUGAUGUAUUUGUUGUUGAUACUCCUUGUCUUAUUGAUGGUAGUGGAUUUAAUAAUAAAAAUAUUCAAAAUAUUAUUGAAUGUGUUAAAAACACAAGAUUACAAGGAAUUGUAUUAACAAUGAAUUAUAAUGUAAAAAGAUAUUGUGAUAAUCUUAAAUAUAUUGUUAAAGUUAUAUCUGAUGGUUUCCCAAUAAAAGGUGUUUGGAAACAUGUAUGUAUUGUAUGGACUAAAUGUUAUAACUGUUAUUCACAAAAUCAAAUUGAAAAAGAUAAAAUUGAGAAAAAAGAAUUUAAAGAAGAAAUAAUCAAAUAUUUAUUAAACAAACAAAUAGAAUAA